UGCAGACCAUUGUCAUUGUUAGACAUCUUUUAUCGUGAUUUUGUGUCAUUAUUGUAACAAUAAAAUAUAUAAAUUUAUCAAUAAUAAUUAACAACAGUUAAUAAUAAUUAUUAUUUGUGUAAUAAUUGUAUACAUGUGUGUACACGAGUGUGUACAUAAUAUUGAACGUUGCAUGGCAAAUGUUUCAUCUUCAGUUGCUGCAUCGCUACCUCGUGUUGAGUCUAUGCGUCGUCGGGUGCAACGUAUACGUCAUACUACUCGUCCAUUUUUGGCCACUCCAAAAUGUCGUGAAGACUUGAUAUUGCCAGAUGAAUUUAAAGAAACGUGGAAGGGUGAUCAAUUUUUAUUACAUGAUAGUGGUGGCAAGAAUAGAUUUUUAAUUUUCUCAUGCGAAAAAAAUUUGAAUUAUUUAGCUAAAUGUUCAACUAUAUUGUAUGAUGGUACUUUUUUUUGUGUACCUAGUAUUUUUGCUCAGUUAUAUUCGAUACAUGGUUUAAGUCAAUGCGGUAAAACUCUACCGUUAGUUUAUAUUCUAAUGCCCAAUCGUCGUUACUCGACUUAUAUAAAUGUUUUAAAUGCUUUAUUAGAAUAUAAACCUGAAAUUAAACUUGAUAAAAUAAUUAUUGAUUUUGAAAGUGCUUUCAUUAAAGCCGUACAUGAUAUAUUUCCAAAUGCAAUUGUUAGUGGAUGUAAUUUUCAUUUAAAUCAAUGCUUAUAUCGUAAUGUACAAAAUGAUGGGCUAGCUGUAUUAUAUAAUACUGAUAUUAAUUUCUCAACUGGCAUUCGGAUGUUAGCUGCGUUAGCUUUUGUGCCUUGUAAUGAUGUUGAUUUUGCAUUUGAUAUGCUUUCAAAAUCAAUAUUUUUUGUUGAUAAUUUAGCGGUUUUGAAUACAUUCUUAAGCUAUUUUAAAAACACUUGGUUAGGCGUUGUAAAUGCACGUGGCAAACGUAAAGCAUUAUUUGAAUUGAAAUUAUGGAAUUGUUAUGAGCGUGUUGUUAAUAAUGAUUCACGUACUAAUAAUUCCGUUGAAGGUUGGCAUAGUUCAUUCAAUAAAUUAUUUUCAAGUGCUCAUUCAUCUAAGGGUGAAUUUAUAAAUUGUUUAAAAGAUGAGCAAUCUCAAACUGAGAUUUUCUUGGCUCAGAUUGAUGUGCAACGUGAUAUUAGCCCAUAUAAAAAACGUCGCCAUGCCGAAGUUGAUAAACGUCUUAAAGUUAUAUAA